GAUUGUCAUGAAACUCAUUCUCAAAUAAUGUUUCAAUCAAAAGGAAAGCUAGAAAGCCCAUCUGGCACUCAUUGUGAUCAAGUACAGCGGCCGGUAUGUCAUUCAGUCAAAUGAGACCUCAGACAUCCCAGCUGGUGGAGCUCCAUGUUUUUUAUGUCCCAGAGGAAGUGUGGAACUUCAAGCUGAACACAGUUCCUGUGGCUCUUACUAGCAAGUUCAUCUCAGCUGGAUUUAUAAGGGUGUCUCCUCACAUCACAUUAAGAGCAUUACGGGAGAAGCUUGGAGAAUACCUGGAUGGAGUUGCAGUCACAGAUAAAUUCAAAUUUUUAAAAUGCAUUGGGAAAAAGCUAGCAGUGGUAAAAGCAAAGCAAGAAACAGAACUGGAACUGAAGUCAUUUGCUCCCCCUUAUGCACUGUAUCCUGAAUUAUAUUUAUUACCUGGAGUGGAAUACUUUGAAGAUGUUUAUCCAUUAUCAUCAUCAACUGAACAAAGACGUCACUUUAAUGUGGAAGCUAAUAGGUAUGGUCAUGGAUCGAGACUACCCAAUCUUCCCCAACAAAAAAGUGAAAAAAACAGACCAUUUUUAGAAAGCAUACAGAGCAGUCAUCCGCUAGAAAAUAAGGAAGUGCACAGUCCUGCAGAACGGACUGAGAAAGAAUCUGUUCCAGUUUUGAACACAAAUCACGAGCAAAACUACAACAGGAUUGCAGAAAAACAGACACAGUUCAGAGUGAAAGAUCAAAAUGGAUCCUGUGGAUCUCUCUUCACAUCAAGUCAUUCAAAUCCUGCAGAUCGAGGAUCUGGAAAGAGCUGUCUGCUGUUACAGAAAUCCCAGCAAUUCCACCGUAGCGAGGAUCAAAAAGAGCAUAAUACUCCUAAGUGGAAUGACAAAGCCAAAGGAAAUGCUCUUACUCUUCACAUAAACCACAGUGAUGAACAACGCCAGACUAACCAACCACACCAAAAUCGCAUGAAAUAUCAAAAAGAACUAAACACCAAACUCCUAGUUACAAACAUGGAAAAUACUGACCACAAAAAAGAUACCAAACUAAGAAGAGACAGAACACGGGAUUCUGGAAAUCUUGAAAGAUUGGAAGACCAAACCACAAAAUACAUACGCAGAAACCAAAGCUUGCUGCAAUACAGAACUAGCGAGUCUGUAACUGGUCCUGGUGAAAAACUGGAUAAUCAGGUAGAUGAGAACAAGCAAAAUCAUCCUACGCGUCCAAAAGAAUACAUUUCACCUCCUAGUCCACCUUUUCUGUCACUUUCUGUAAACCCAGCUCAGGUUCCUGCAGUUCAGGCAGAAAUAUCGAGAUGCUUGAUAAAUAUAAUUAUAAUAUCUUUAGAAAACAAGAUGGUAGAACAAUUGGAACAAAUGAAGAAAGACAGAAGGCACAUGGAAAAAACUAGAGAAGAACUUGUCAAAAAAACUAAAGGGCUACUGGAACAAAAUAAGCUGAGGAGAUACCAUGUUCGUGAGGAAUGGAAAAAGAAAUACUUUGAAACUAAGAAGGCUACGGCUUCCCUGGAGGAUGUUUUAAACAAACUGCGACAAGAUUUGGAGCUUUACCACCAGAAAUUACUCUUGCAAUUAGAAGCUAGAGAUAGCCGAAAACAACCAAACAACUUGAAGAAUAACAAAAUCAUCCAGAUUACUACAGUGCAGCAUGAACUCGAUCAACUGAGGAGGAAGCUGGAUGAUACAAAAAUGAAGCUCGUAAUAGAAAUUAAGAUGAGAAAGCAGGCAGCAUCUGAUUUACGAGCACUGAGAGCAGAACUGACACAGAAGAAGAUUCAUUCAGCCUUAAUUCUCCAGUCUGGGAAAUCAGGUAUUUAAGAGGAUGACUCAACUGUAACAUCUGUAAAGUCUAUAGAAGUCCACUAUAAUGUAUACAGAAAUUUGGAAUUUCAGAGCAUUUGUUUUUAUGUUCUUAAAGUUCUCUUAUAAAAAGACA